AUGGAUCUCAUUCGGCUUUCUGAAACUGUCCAGCAGUCCGCGCAGCAUAUGAGUGACUUUCUAGCGCAACGGCAUUGGAGCCUCUCGUUCGAUCCCGCGUCGUCGGGCAUUCCAUCAUUAUCGGCCGAAAAUGAAUCAUUCCACCGCGCCCGAGACAUCCUCUUAGAAGCGGCAUCCACACUCCUUCAGCUCUGCAUGUCGUCCGAAGAGACGAUCCUAGAUCUCAGCUUCCAGGCACUCACAGCCUCCGCGCUGCGAAUCGCAUACAACUUUAACCUUGCCCAAGCCGUUCCGUUGAGUGGUCAUACCACUUACACUGCCCUCGCCGAAAAUACUGGGUUCGACACAGAUACCUUGUCCCGUACGAUAAGAUAUCUUGUCUCGAACGCGUUUUUCCGCGAGUUGGCACCGGAUCGAAUAGUCCACUCACGGCUUUCGUAUUUAAUGGCCACAGACGAGAAAUUCCGCGGCUUCGUUGGUCUCUAUUUCGAACACGCAUUUGUGUGGAGUGUGCAUAUCACAGACGCGUUAGCCAAAUGGGGAUCGAGCGAAGAGCCGACCGAGACAGGGCUCAACGCGGCUGAAGGGAUUCGGGCAACCUUCUGGGAAUUCAUGGAGCAAAAUGAGAGAGUCAGGAAAAAUUUUCUGGACGGGUUCGCGUAUCUUGCUCCAGCAGAUCUCGGUAUUAGAAAGCUACCGUUGAAUGGCUCCGAUUGGGCUGCUGUGGCUCCGGCCACGGUCAUCGAUAUUGGGGGCCAUACGGGUGGAAUAAGCAUUGGGCUGGCCCAACGUUUCCCCGACCUGGACUUCAUAAUCCAGGACCUUGAGCACAUAUGCCGGCGAGGCGAGAAAACCCUUCCCGCGACGUUAGGUCGCCGGGUUCGGUUCCAGGCGCAUGAUAUGUUUGAGCAACAGCCUGGAGAUCCUAGCAAAACGAUCAUUUUCCUACUAUGCAAGGUGCUCCAUGACUGGAGCGACAAAUAUGCGUGUAGGAUCCUCCGGGCCAUCACUCCAGCCAUGAAACCGGGCGAUCGUAUUAUUAUUUUUGACAAAGUGGCCCCCGAAGCGGGCACUACCUCGGUCUUCAAGGGCAAGUUCCUACGUGCUGCUGAUAUGCAAAUGUGGGCUACAUUCAAUGGGAGAGAAAGAACAGCCAGCGAUUUCAAGGCCCUCAUCACCAUGGCAGACAGGCGGCUGAGAAUAUGCGGCAUUUCAUCGCCGAUGGAGAUGGGGAUGUCGCGGCUAGUUUUGAGUCUUGACGAGGAGUAA